AUGUCAGCAGAAAAUUCCUCAUCAAAAGCCUCACUCUUCUUGGAUUCUCCUAGGAAGUGGAAUCUAUGGUACAACAUGAUACUAGGUCUUGCCACUGAGCUCCAAGUACUGGAUCUUAUUAGUGAGGAAAGUCCCAAUAGGAUGAGUGAAAUACCUGAACCUGUUUCCCCAGAGUUCCCUAUUGAGUACACCAUGGAAGCAAGGGUUAAAUGGGAGAUGGAGAACAGCAGAUACAACAAUGAUAGGAAUAUCUACAAGGAAAAGCUUGCAGGUGUUAGCAAGAUCAGACAAGAGAUCUUCAGAACAGUGGCAUUUAGUGAGCUAGAAAUAGCAACUAAUGGAAAUAGUCACAUUGAUAUGAAGGAUCUUCUAAUUGCUCUUAAGAAGAGGUUAUCACCUAGAACAGCGGACCGCCAGUAUGAGGUACGGAAGAAGAAUCAGAACUUGCAAAAGGUGCCCAAACAGAAUCUAGAUCAGUGGUUAGAUGCCUGGACUCUGAUUGAAGCAGAAAUCAAGCACUCUGGUAUAGAUGGCAACUUUGAUAUAUGGGAGGACUUCUUCCAUAUCAACAUGACUAUCGACAAUCCGUACGCCGCCAUUCGAAAGAGGGAAGUUGAGAUAGGAGGUAAGGAGAACUUCUCCUUCGCAGAUGUGGUUAACGACUUCCGUUCCGAAUAUCGCAAGAAGGGAUACAGCAAGCCAGGACUGCUUGUGUCCAACCUUGCUACCUUUAAUGGCAGGCAAGCAAGACAAUCAAGAUCCAGAACCUGCGUUUGUGGUUCUAAGCAUUCCUGGGUCAAAUGUUAUUAUCUCAACCCAAGUCAGAGACCUGAAGGAUGGAAGGAGAACGAGCAACGACGUAAGAAGGUGGAUGAGGCACUCAAGAACGAAGAUAUCAAGAAGAAGAUAGAUGCAGCGAUAACCAAGGUGGCUGCUUCUAACACUGAGAUGAUAGAACCGACACUGGGAGGAAUGGUUCUUCUAAAGACAAGCAGAGAACCUACUGAUCAUUCUAUCGAUCAUCCUACUGAUCAAUCUUCAAUCACUUCUGAUAUCAUGCCUGUCGAUCGAUCGACAAGAUGCCUAAACGUGAACGUCGAGAGCUCUCCUUCAAAUCAACGCCCCUAUCUUCGAGAUUCCUGGAUAUUCGAUACCGGUGCUGAGCGACAUAUCUGCAAUAAUAGAUCUAGAUUCCUAACGUACGAACCAUCAGAAGAGCAGAUUUAUACAGGAGAUUCGACAACAAGGGUUGUGGGAUAUGGAACUGUUUGGACCUACAUGACCAACAAUCUCGGCAAGCAGUUCAGAGUGAUCCUUAGAAAUGCUGCGUACAUUCCAUUCUCUCACACCAACCUGAUCGCUUGGAAACCCUGCUAUCAUAUAGGGGGGAUCUACCUCGAUGGCAAAACAUUCAGAUUGCGAAGGAUUAGCGAUAAUUCAAUCUUUGCUCGCAUAGAAGUAUACGGCGGAUUGCUGGUUACUGAAUAUCACAGAACUAGUGAGAACACCUUAGUGCUCACUAAUAUUGCCCCAUCUGGCAAACCAGCAGAACCUGCGAGAAUAUCCCAAUCAGAACCUACUAAGAUAUCAAAAUCAUCAACUACCUCUUCAUACACCUCAAAAAGCUCUACUGCUUCCUCCAAGAUUUGGCAUCAACGCUUAGGACAUCCCUCGAUGAGAGCAGUUGAACAUCUGCCAAUCGAUGCCAAAGGGGUUCAGAUAUCAGAUAUCAAAGAUAUCGCAAAGAACAUUGAUAUUGAAGACAAAGAACUCUGCGAACCUUGCCAUCUUGCCAAAGCAAAGAAUCAAAUAUCUCGCCGUCCCCAUAUACGAUCUAAACUACCCUUCGAACGACUCCAUGCAGAUAUUGUACAAGGACCUUCCUACUGCUACAACGGAGAACGAUGGCUCAUACAUUUUGUUUUAAGGUGGAUUAAACGCCAAUUUGAUUGUGAAACAAAGGUCAUACGAAUCGACAAUGAGAGAGCUAUCAAAGAAUCCGAUAUCUUUAAGGACUGGGUAAUCGAGCUGGGCCUAGAGAUCGAAUACUCCUCGGAAUAUAUCCAUGAGCAGAACGGUGCUGCUGAACGGGCAGCAUACGCUAAGAUCCCCAAUGAGAUCCUCAAUCGAAAUCGAUCACAGAAGCUCGAUCACAGAGCUCAUAUUGGAUAUCUUGUGGGAUAUGAUUCUACAAACAUCUUUAGGAUUUGGAUUCCUCACCUAGAUAGGGUGAUAAGGACAAGGGAUGUUAUAUUCAAUGAAAAUAGACGAUAUAACCCAGAUGAACCUCACAUCGAAAAACAGCUGCGAGAUUGGGUUGUUCAAGAGGUCGAGUUCUUGGAUAUUGAAGUACAAGAACCAAGGGUUGGCACUCCUCAACAAGAGAAUAAUCUAUGCUCAGAUAUCGAUAUCUUUCGUCCUGAUGAGAUCCCCCCGCGUACGGAGAACGUUGAUAAAGAUAACGAAGAUAUCAACGAGGCGCUGGAGGCGCAACUUAUGGCAGAUAUCCUACCUACGCCGGAUCCUACCCCUGAACCUGAUUCUAACACUGCUAUCGAACCUGACCUUCCUAUUGAUACUCAUCCGAUAUUAUCACACAAUCGAGCGCCUAGGGCGAAUGAGAUCAGUUCUGACUUCAACGAAUCCAAUAUAAUCGAGGCAGUAUCUCUUGCCAAAGAGAAUCAAAAUCGGAUGAUCAACGCUGCCUUUGCGGAACCCCUAUCUAGAUCAGAACCUUUCAAAAUUCAUCGAUCUCAGUUACCUGAUCCACCUCAACAUUGGAAUGAUGUCAACAAGCACCCCUAUCGCGAUGAAUGGAUUAAUGCUGCCAAAUGGGAAUGGGACUCUAUAACCCAGCAAAAUACCUAUGAAAUUGUUAAUAGACCUUCGAAAGAUACUCCAGUGAUUCCACUACGAUGGGUAUUCAUCUAUAAAUUUGAUGAUGAUGGUUAUCUCACCAAGUUCAAAGCUCGUAUCUGUGUCCGAGGUGAUUUACAACCAGUAUCUGAUCUAGAUACCAAAGCUCACACCCUAGCUGCAAGAACCUUUCGUAUCUUGCUUGCUAUUAUCAACGCCUUUGACCUUGAUGCUGAGCAAUUGGAUGGUGUCAAUGCCUUUGUGAACAGCUCACUUGAUGAGCUAGUUUACGUCGAAUUACCGGAUGGUUGGUGGAAGUUGAAGGGGGUAUGGAACCUCAAAAAGAACACCUAUGUUCUACGCCUACGACGUGCCUUAUAUGGCCUAAGAAGAUCACCCCUUCUAUGGCUUAAAGAACUAUCUAAUACUCUUAAGCGGUUAGGCUUCGUUCCAAUCCCUGAGGAUAAAUGCCUAUUCACCAACGGACGGAUAAUUAUAUUCUUCUACGUUGAUGAUACUGUUGUGGUAUCUCACCCUGAUGACAGAGAGGAAAAGGACCAGUUAAUCAAAGAUCUUAAAAAUACAUAUGAAUUCCGACAGAUGGGAAACCUUGAAUGGUUCCUUAAUAUGAGAAUUACUAGGGACCGGAGCUCUAAGAAGUUAUGGCUCUGUCAAGAUGCUUAUAUUGAUAAGUUGGUUGAUACUUAUCAUCUUGCUCAUGCUCGCAAAGCAUCAACACCCCUAUCUAGCAUCCCGCUAGCACCUUAUCAAGGAACCGCAUCGCCAGAGGAUACCCACUACUAUCAACGCCGAAUCGGAUCCUGUAUCUACGCCGCAGUGAUGACUAGGCCAGAUAUCGCAUAUGCAGUUGGCAAGCUCGCAACCUAUAUGACCAAUCCUUCUGAGCGCCAUUCUGCAGAGAUCGCGUUAUCGCCUAUCUGCGAGAUUCGAAGAAUCUAG